AUGCAGUUCAGAAUGUUCUAUUGGCUCAAAUCAUCUAAAACUCAACGAAUAAAUUCAUCCACAGUUGACAUUCCCUCCCUUUACGAUUCCAAUCAAAAAGUCCCUCUGCCAUCCGGCGAAUUGAUUCUCUCACCCGUUUGUUCUGAUAAUGGCGUAGUUUCCGAAACCUGUACUGAGAAUCGGUGCACAACUUAUGCUGGACUUCCCUCUUCGCGAUAUAGACGAAUUCAAUACCAGUCAGCUAAUGGCAGCACGAAUUUCAUCCCUAUUGCUGUACCUCAGCGGCCCAACGUGGCAAGAUCCCAGCACCAACAGCAGAAUUGGCCUGCUUACCAGCUUAAUGCAGAUAGUAUUAAUCGAAGGCUCCAUAAAGUAGUUAGAUCAAAGUCUUGGCAAGGAUUCCUUGAGCAGAAAGUAUCUCAUUGUCUUAACGAGUCACAUUUGGUAUCG